CUCCCGAAUAGGAGCAACUACCUCUGAGACGACCAGUUCCGGAGAGACGAUUGAAUUGCUCACCUGUUCAGCUGGUACUCGCGAAUGGCGACACCUCGUCGUGGCAGCGGCGCGCUUUCCCAGGGGGCUGGGGGAGCUUCCCUCGGCGGCGACAAGCGGGGCGUUCAUGCUCCGUCCGCCCCGUCGUUCGCGCCGGUCACUCCAGGCGCAGAAGAAGUUUCGGCGAAGCACCGCUCGCGCUUGACUGACUGCUCUCCUCGGCCCGCCGAUGCCGCAUCAGCCGUGCGGACACUGGCUGCGCGCGCGCACGCGGACGAGGACGAGGAUGGGGGCAAAACUCGCGCAUAUGAGGAGGCGCAAGCGGAGAGGUCAAAUUCCGCGCUGGGAGCUCCGGAGAGGCGGGGAACCCGCGCAGAGAGGGAGGCGGAGGAGCGGAUGCGCGGGCAACUGGCGGAUGCGCGGAAGAUGGUCCGCGCGCUGGUGGGGGAACUGGCGGCGAGAGACGUCGAGGGGAAUGAUGACGUGGCAUCGGGGGAUGAUGACGAGGAUGAGGAUGAGGAUAACAGCGAACGAGGAGCGGAAUUCGACCUGACCAAGGCGCUGCGACAGGAGCGGCGGGUGGUGCGGCUGAAGCAGCAGCUGGCGCGGACCAGGGCGGAGAGAGACUCGUUAAAGGCGGAGGCGCGGAUGCAGAGAUCGGAAAGGGAGGGGCGGGAGGAGGAAGCGCGCUUGGAGGGGGCAGCCGCACGUGAUGCUGGGCUGCAUGCCGACGCUGCUGGGCUAGGGGCCGAAGCUAAGAGGCUUGAUGCCGAGGCUGCACGGCAGGAAUGUCUGGAGGCUCGGGAAGCUCGUGAGGCUGAGGGCCGGAGCGUGAAUGUUGUAUUGAGGCAGCUGGUAUCGAGGAUGAAGGGAGCGGAGGAGGAAGAGGUGGUGCGGUACAGGGAGAGGGCCAAGGGGCUGGAGAGGGCGGUGCGGGAGGUGAAGGGCGAGAUGGCCCGCCAGGCAGCCGUGGCCACGGCUGUGUAUGUCCGCCACAUUGCAGCGCUGCAGGAGGGCAUGCCUGCUGCUGCUGCCAUCACUGCUGCUGCCCCUGCUGCUGCUGCCGCCCCUGCAGUUUCUGCUGCUCCUGCUGCCCGUGCACGUCCCUCCCAGUCCAGCAGCAGCGAGGGGUCGGAGCAAGGGGGUGGAUGAGUCUUGUGCUAUCAGUCUGUGCUGAACUGCAGGGACUUGCGCAUACUUAUUAUGACUGAUUGGCCGAUGGGUGCAGAGAACACCAAAAAAACUGGUA